AUGCGCCUUUUCAGUUAUUUCACUCGCUGAUCCCUGAUUUUGUGAAAUUUCCGAACCCCCUGUUCGCUGCAUCAUCUUUUCCCACUCGACUGCUGCGAGACGAUUUCCCAAAGAUCCCUGCCGAGGACCGCUCUAAUCCUCUGCAGAUCCUCCUAGUUUACUUCCUCCAUCGAUCCUCCUCGGAAAGCUCCACGGAAACCAGAAUCUGUGCCCGUCGCCACUCCCACCCAACCCCGUCACUCAGAUCUCGGCGGGGCUUCGCCGGGCCCCGUCGAUGAUUUUCUUCUCUUGGGGCCGUCGCCGCGAAAGGUGGGCGGGCGACGAUCUCAGUGUAUCGACCCGAAAGCGAUGAGGUGUCUGAGAUUGCAGGAGCUGCGGCGAGGCUUUAGGUCCGUGCUCCGUCGACGCUAUUUAUUAAUGUAGCCUAGAAACUGCUGUCAGAUGAGGAAUGAAACGUUUUUGACCUAUGUGGAGGAAGUAAUAAGUUCUGCGUCGAGAAGGCUAAAAAGCAAUAGAAUGUUACUUCUGCCCAAAUUCAACUUCAAAUGGUCUCCUAAGAGAUUUGGUCACAUAUUUAGUGAGCCUAAAUUUUAUAAUUUGCACAUUUUAUUCAUGUAAAAUAUUUAUUAUUCUAUUUAGGGCGUUCCUAUUUCUUAGGGGCCUUCUAACAUAAUCCUCAUUUUUCAUAAAAAGGUAUAAUCAAUUUUAUUCUCCUUAUUUUCUAGGAUCUUAACAGAUUUCUCCCUUUAUAGGUUAAUUAUAAUUAAUUUUCGACCUAUAAAUAGGUCAUACCUUGUAGCCCUAAGGAGUCAUAUUUUUAUGAAUCAAUUUUGGAGGUUCUCUUCUACUGGUGGAUUCCAAUAUCCCUGUUGACUCAAGGUGUUAUUUUCGAUCUUGUGGACUUAGGAUCAACCCCUUGUAGACUCAAGGGGCGAAAUCUUUUGAUUCUGUGGAUUCAGGGCAAGGAGUUUUCAACCAAGACACGUUCCUUUCAGAUUCAAGGUCGUGAUUUUGCUUUCAAAAUAUAUAGUCAAAGUUGAAACGUGAUCAGGUUAUCAAUUCUUCGAAUUUUCACUGCGUCAUUUAUCUUCUAGAAGGAGACCGCAGAGUUUUUGGUCAUCGGGCUUUAAAAGCGCUUGAUGAUGGAAUCACCCAGGUCGAGUUCCCUACGCGAUAGACGUGAUUAAUGCAUGCAAAAAAUUAAAUGAACGAUACCAAUAUAGAUUAUAGUACGAGAGACAAACAAAAACAUAUUAACAGGAAUAAUUAUCUUUAAAUAUAUUUCUUUCUGGGCUUGAUUUUGACGUUCUCGGGCCAUUUGCCUCUCCGGUUACCAGAUUGUAUGGUUAUAUCUGCAGUGGAGUUAGUCUCAACUCAUGAGACUCUCUCUCUCUCUCUCUCUCUCUCUCAGUCAUUCUGAGAGAAACACUGA